AUGAGUCAGAAUCAAGCUACAGUUGCAUAUCCUCCCCCACCAACAUCAACUUAUCCUAGUGCAUAUUCAGGCCCACCACCAGCUGGCUAUCCAACCAUGGAUGGUCAAUCCGACCAGCAAAAUCCUAUUCCUGUGAAGACUAAAUCCAGGGGUGAUGGCUUCUGGAAGGGAUGUUGUGCUGCCUUGUGUUGCUUGGCAUAUCCUCCCCCACCAACAUCAACUUAUCCUAGUGCAUAUUCAGGCCCACCACCAGCUGGCUAUCCAACCAUGGAUGGUCAAUCCGACCAGCAAAAUCCUAUUCCUGUGAAGACUAAAUCCAGGGGUGAUGGCUUCUGGAAGGGAUGUUGUGCUGCCUUGUGUUGCUGUUGUCUCUGCGACGCUUGCUUUUGA